AUGUGGCUGCUGAAUACAUCUACAUACCAGAUCGUCUUCGUGCAACACCCCUCCGACGCCCACUACGCGGUCCUAUCGCACGUCUGGGCCCCCGAAGGCGAACAGACUAUCCAGGAUACCGAUCCGCGUCUCCUCGAUGCCAUUCGCGCCCGGCUGAGUCCGAAAAUCAGACGCUGCUGCGACUAUGCUCGCGCCCGCGGCUGCGCAUACCUCUGGAUCGACACGUGCUGCAUCGACAAGACCAGCAGUGCGGAGCUCUCCGAGGCAAUCAACUCCAUGUUCACCUGGUACUCGCAGGCCGACGUCUGCUACGUCUUCCUUUCCGAUGUCUCGGCUAAUGACGACCCCGCGGAGAAAGACUCGUCAUUCCGCCGCAGCAUGUGGUUCAAGCGUGGAUGGACCUUGCAGGAACUCAUCGUCCCGUCGAAGAACGUGUUCCUGUCAAAGGAUUGGCGGAUGAUAGGCACGAAGACGAGUCUCGCGAAUGUCAUCGAGGACGUCACCGGAAUCGACACAGGCAUCCUCCUUCAUACUCGCCAGCUGCACACCGUAAGCGUCGCGGAUCGCAUGGCCUGGGCGGCGGGACGGGAGACGACUCGUGUCGAGGACGAGGCGUACUCCCUCAUGGGAGUCUUUGGCGUGCGUCUCCCUAUCAUAUAUGGCGAAGGCUCUCAGGCGUUCAUACGACUUCAAGAGGAGAUCAUGAGGCGCAUACCCGACCAAUCCCUUUUCCUGUGGGGAAUGGAG